GCGAGCCAUCUAAUUCAUCAACUUGUUUUAGGAAUUUGUUAAUGGGAGUCUUGGUCGUUAACUUACCAGAAAAACAAAUGAAUCAUCAACAAAGUCAAUCCUCUUCGACAAAAGUUGAAAGAAGGAUCAUAGAGAAGAACAGGAGAAAUCAGAUGAAAGUCCUCUACUCCAGGCUCAAUUCUCUCCUCCCAAACCCCGACUCCAAGGAGGCAGUCUCACUUCCCGAUCAAAUAGAUGAAGCAAUAAAAUACAUCACAAGCCUAGAGACCAAGCUGAAGAAAUCCAAGGAGAAGAAAGAGAGCUUAAAUGGCAGGAAAAAAAGACCGUAUACAUGCACAAAUUUCGAAGAAACAGCAGGUCUAAAAUCGCCGAAAAUCGAAAUCCGAGAAACCGGUUCCACGCUAGAGAUCGUUUUGAUAACUGGGCUGGAUAAUCAGUUCAUCUUCUAUGAGAUGAUUCACAUUCUUCAUGGAGAACAAGCGGACGUUUUUAAUGCCAGCUUUUCGACUUCUGGGGACUCAGUUCUGUAUGUAGUACACGCAGAGAUUGUCGGAUGUUCUUUCGAUUUUGGAGCUGCAAAAGUGACGGAGAGGCUCAAGAGACUAGUUUACGGAUCCACCAGUGAUGUAGAAUUAUCAGCAGACCUGUGGGACUUUCCUAUAAAUUCUGAGCCUUGGGAUUUCUAAAGAGGCCAGAUGCAUGCAAUUUUGUAAUUAAAUAUCGAUAGUAGGUACUGUAAAGGUACUUCAAGCCCAUAAAAGUUUAUAAGGAAAUUAAUGGUAGCUAUAUAUCUAGCCACCAUGUAUUCCUGCAUGCUCAUGAUGAUUAAUUUCGAGAUCAUGUACUAUUAUAUAUGAAAUUGAGCCUAGUUUUGAUUCAAAGCUUUAA